GGAAGGGGAAAAGAGGCGGGGAGUUCUAAGUGGAGGAGGAGGAGUAGAACCGAGACUCUUCCCCUUUUCCUUCCGGAUUGAGAGUCGGGGGCUUGUUUUUUUUUGUCCCUUCCGGGCCCCCGUCUCUUUUCCUCCGAGAGAUCCUUCCUCUGAGGGCGAAGGAGGGAGAGGCGCGUGAUGAUGUUGGGGUCGCCGGGGCAACAGCCUGGGGGGGCGGGGUCUGGGGCGGCGGUGUCGCCGGCGGCGGCGGCGGCUUCAGCGGGGUCUGCGUCGGCCGGCGUUGCUUCUGCCGUGGCCGGGGGAGGCUCUGGCGGCGUCGCCGGCUUCCCUUGCGGAGGAGGAGGAGGAGGAGGCGGAGGAGAGCGGUUCCUGGCUCGCUACGUCCAGGACUACCUGGAGUGCGUGGAGUCGCUGCCGCUGGACAUGCAGAGGCUGGCCUCGCUCCUGAGGGAGAUGGACACGCGAUGCCGAGAAGCAUUAAAAGAAAUUGAUGAAGUUUAUGAGAAGUACAAGAGCGAAGAGGAUCCUGCUCAGAAAAAGCGUUUGCAGCAGCAUCUUCAGAGGGCUCUGAUCAACAGUCAAGAGCUCGGGGAUGAGAAAAUCCAAGUAGUCACUCAAAUGCUUGAGCUAGUGGAGAACAGAGCCCGGCAAAUAGAGUCCCAUUCCCAGUGUUUCCAGGAUCUGUCAGAUACAGAAAAACCCAUUGAAAAGUCAAAGGUCGAUCCCUGCCAGCCAGAAAGAUCUUCCCGAAGGCCCCGUAGACAGCGCACGAGUGAAAGCCGUGAUAUUUGCCAUAUAGCAAAUGGAAUUGAUGAGUACGAUGACCAGCCUCCUAAAGAAAAAAGAUCCAAAUCUGCAAAGAAAAAGAAGCGUUCUAAAGCUAAACAAGAAAGGGAAGCUUCACCGGUUGACUUUGCAGUAGACCCUAAUGAGCCAACUUACUGUCUUUGCGACCAGGUGUCUUACGGAGAAAUGAUAGGGUGUGACAAUGAACUGUGUCGCAUUGAGUGGUUUCAUUUUUCAUGUGUUGGACUCACUUAUAAACCAAAGGGGAAGUGGUAUUGCCCCAAGUGCAGAGGAGACAAUGAGAAGACUAUGGAUAAAUGUACAGACAGAUCCAAAAAAGAUAGAAGAUCGAGGUAGUCAAUGUUCCGAGUGCACUGAGAGUUGUGUCAUUUUUUUUAUUAAAAACUGUUUAAUAAGCGACUAGUAUUUUAGAAUAAUGCAUAAAACUAUGCAAUAAUUUUUAAAGUCUACAGAACUAAAUGGGAUAUUAAUAGCUGUUAGUACAUUUUGUGCUUUGAAUAUUCUGCACUAAAUAACCAAAUUCUUCAAGCCGGGUCACGUGGUAGUAGCACAGGGGUAAUUAAAGAUUCUUUGUCCCUCCGUGUUUUUAAUUGCAGAGUUAAUGGUGAUACCUGAUGAAGAAGAACCGAAGGGAUAAUCAUGUUAAGAAUAGUGUGUCGGCAUCUAUUUAAUUUGAAACUUUAGUCUGUUAUGACUCAUUCUUUUGACUUCCUGUUAGUUCUGUGAUGAGUUUAUUCAUCUGGGUGUUGUAGAUAAUACUUUGAAUUGGGAUCUAUUGCCUGACUUUACAUUUUAAGUCUUACCAAGUAAAAAGCUAAACUUAUUUUUUCCCUUCCAUGUGAUCACUGUACGUGUUGUUAACUUAUUUUAUGUUUCCCACGUGAGUUUAGGGUCUGUUUUGAGAAAAUAUUUUAAACAAUGAAAUACUUACGGCAAUGGUUCUCAACCUGUGGGUCCCAGAUGUUUUGGUCUUCAACUCCCAGAAAUCCUAACAGCUGGUAAACUGGUUGGGAUUUCUGGGAGUUAUAGGCCAAAACACCUGGGGACCCACAGGUUGAGAAUCACUGACUUAAGGCUUAGAAGAGGUUCACUCAGCACUAUAAGGACAGUCCUGAACUGAAGCUACUAAUUUCCCCCAUUUUACUGCUUGGCUUCCUAAUUCCUGUUGUGCCAUGUCACUGUUGAUUCUUUAGAUGAUGGCAGGAACAUAUAAUCAUGUUCAAAGAGGUUCAAAAGGUGCAUAUGUAGAAGAACAGCUGUCAGACUGUGGAUGAUUAGAAACGUUUACCUGGAUUAGCAUAUUAAUAGGUCUUCCUGCUUUUCUGGGCUUUCGAAGCUGAAUAAAAUACAGUAAUAGUAAUAACAAAAAUAAAAAUGCUCCCUUGCAAAAGAGUUCUACAAUAGGUGUGGCUUUAGUAAAUGGAGGAACUGUUCUCCAGUAAUGGAGUCCUUUUUAAAACAAAACCAACUGUACACAUAAGGAAUCAGAAUACAUCUUUGGAACAGAUAGUGAAUUAUUUUGUUUCAGUAUCGGGUAUUUAUUAAUAGGAUUCUUCAUGCCAGAUUUAAUGAUAAAAGAUAUAAAAGGCCUGGUUGAUUAACAUGGUGCUACAAGUUUUUUCAGAUAAUAAGCAUCCCUUCCCAACAGGUAGAAGGGUUCUUUUUGCAUUUAAUUGAUAUUUAAUAUGCAUGUAAGACAUUAGCAGUGUAAUGUAAAGGGUUAAAGAGCCCAUGAACAAAUUCAAAUAUUUAAUUUUUACUUUCACCUUGACAAAUGUAAAAAUGUAGUCACUUUUUUUUGAAAAGGUUCUGAAUAUUACAAAAAAAGCUUUUGAUGACAAACUGACCCAGAUACUUUGCUGGAAAUUGAGUCAUUUAGUCAGAAUGAGACACAGUAUACAUAAAACCCAGUAUACUGCCCUGCUUAAAAGGAAUUGCUGUUGUGACACAUUUUGAUUGCUAACUGAACUGUUACAUCUGUGCUCUGUCAAGGAGCAGAGUGCUGGUUUUAUGCAAUCUGAAAUGGUGGCUGAUACAUGAACAAUUUCCCAGUAAAAACAGAGUAGUGUUAUUUCAUAAAUAUUAUGUCUUCGGUGGUUAAGGUGAAACUAAUUUUCAGUUCAUAAUACAGCUUUAAAUGUCACUUUAGUUUGACUGUUUACUGCUCUGUCUUCCUCCAUGCUUGAAACAAAAUCAUGUAAUGGUCAAGAAAAUGUAAGUUCCAAACUGCUAACAGACUGUUGCUCUUCCAAUGUCUCUCUGGACAAGCCAGGAAAAGAGAGUAGGUGUUGUAUAAUAACUUGAUCCCAGCUAAUGGAGUGGGACUUUGAAUGAAUGGUUACUAGGCUAGUUUAUGCAUAAGAUCAUAAUCCACAACUUUUGUUGUUCAUAAGCAAUCUACUUGUAUAAUUCAGCCCUGUUUGGAGGUACAGUAAUUCUGCAACCAGGUAAUUGUGUGCAUUUCAUCAGAUCCUAAAAUGGGAAUACCCUUACAAGUCCCUACACGUUUAAUGCUUCCAGUGAAAACCUGACUUUUAAUCCCACUUCAGUAAAAUGUUUCCCUUUUUAAAGAAAAUGUCAUUGCUAUCAACUCCUGUUUUGUUUUUAAAAUAACUUUGCUUGCUGUGGUUUGACAAUCUCCCUGUUGAUUCAGAGUUUUAUAAACUUAUGCCCAUGGAGACGAGAGAUGUGCCAUUAGAGUGUAACUGUUUCUUGGGCCUAGUAUUUCGCAUGCAAUGGCUUCUUAAUAAAAACCAUUUUGGUUGUAAACAUAGAACACAA